AUGCCGCUGUUUUGGCCCGUGAUUCAACAACUUCUUAACCAGAAAGUAGUUAAAUCUUCCUUGUCUGUAAUGAAGAAUAUAUGUCAGGAAUAUAUCGACUUUUGCUGUCUAUUUUUUCAGCCCGUUGGGAAAGAACUGCUACUCCGUUUCCUGACUUUCGUCCUGCAAUCGUACGGGGUAGAUCCGUUGGUGACGCGGUUACUCGACCAGACCAGAGUACAUCUGUUUCCACUGGCCAACCCUGACGGCUUUGCAGUCGCCUCACAUGGUGCCUGCGACGUUUCCUACGGACGAAACAACGCCAAUGGCGUACAAAUUUCGACAAAUUUCCCUGGAAUUUGGCAGUUUGACAUGGGUAAACUACAGCCGGAAACAAAGGCGAUCAUCAAGUGGGUCGACUCGCUAUCCAUCUCCUUAAUGCUGUCCUUCUACGGUGGUUCGAUGGUCGUCAGUUAUCCGUUCGAUCACGUGACAGAUGGGACUGCACCGAAGUACAGCGCCACGCCGGACGACGACGUUUUUCGCCAGGUUGCCAGGGCCUAUUCGAAAGCGCACAGGCGACUGGUCAACGGCUCGUUCUGCCCGAACAGUCUUGACUUCUAUCCGAGCGGCAUUAUAAACGGAGCGGAGCGAAGCAUGCAAGAUUUCCUUUACUUUACCAAAGGCGUUGUGGCGAUUCGAGCUCACAUCUCAUGCUGCCGUUAUCCAUACCGAGUCACGUUACGAAAGUUCUGGAAGGAAAAUAAGCAACCCAUGUUAGAAUUUUGGAAUCAGUCACAGCAAGGUAAGCUGGUAUUUUCUGGAGGAAAUGGUGAAUUGCUUUAAAA